AUGGACUUCUCAGGUUUUGACGGUGACAUGUCACCCUUCAGUCGUAGACGUGCAGACGAUCGUCCUCUUGACUUAGCCUUUGCGCUCCGCGCUGCUACUUCAAUAGAUUAUGUCAUUAACGGGUCGGCCGAAUGGCCUGUGUUUGCUCGAUUGGUGACAUCUCUCGGACCUUCAUUCUCGUCUAUCAUGCAUGGAUUACCUUCCUUUGAAGACUUCCCCAUGGUAUUUUCUUGGGAUCACUCGUCAGAGUUUUCGCGCUUCCAUGGCCGCGGGCCAACUGUCAUUCACUUUCACGUCUGUGGCGGAACCGGCCAGCAUCGUGCGUUAAGGUCUUCAGCCGUCGCAUAUUACUUCGCAUCAAAAUACCUCGGGCCUGGUUUCUCAGCCGACUCCUUGGCGUCUUCUAACGUCUAUGGGGUUUUCAUCACGCGCCGUUGCGCUGAAUACACUACUGGUUCCAUCAUCUGUACGGACGAAUUUGACGAUCGCUUCGACUUCGUCUCGGCCUUAUGUGCAUCUAAUGCAACAUUGAACACUCGCACGCUUGGGGGAAGGCACGUCACCAUCAAUGACGCCACUAUAAACUUGCAUCCUGUUAGUCUUGAUGUCGCUAUUCACCGCACUCUUUGUGCUGCAAGGCGUGUAAAUCUUCUAUGA